AGUGGCUCCAGGUAACUUGCGUCUGAAAGGAUACAACUGUGCCGUAGAGUGGCCAGUCGGCCCCGCCAUGACGGCCUUUGAUGAGGGAGAGAAAGCCAUCUACAAAGCUGCCGCCUUCCCCAGAUGUAUCUUGUUCCCCGAGCAUGGAACUUCUAGCAAUGCAUCUGCCAAAAGACGGUGUGUCAAUGCGCACUACCGAGAGUCGAAGGCCGAGUCAAUACCACCUGUUUGGUCGCCGCCGGCUUCCACUACCGCUCCGGUGUACCCUCCGAUGCUGCCUUCGGCACUCUCUCCGCCAUCUGCUCAGUCUUACUUCCCGGCACCCGCUGAGUCGUACUCUCCUGGGUACUCUCCGCCACACGCCUCCACACCCUUCAACAUGAGGGCAGCCUCGCAGCGUGACCUGCCAAUCGCGUGGAAAACCCAGCUUGCGGUAGAAAAGCCAUCCUUCAGGAUCAAGGAGAUGCUUAUCUACUAUCUCACUGGCGACGAAAUCCCGAACUCCUACCUGUGCAGCCUUCCGGGUGCCAACUGUCGCCAGAAGUUCAUGACCGUGGGCCCAGCCGUGGACAGCAUGGAGCAGGAAAACCUGGCCAUCUACAAAGACGGUGUCUUCCCUCGCUGUGUCUUGUUCCACAGCUUCUCCGGCAAGAGGAACUGCUGCAACGCGACCACCCUAGGUGACCGUGCAGUUGACGGUCCGGCCCACGGUGUCGAUGACUUGAUGGCGGCGGCCGGGCUUGAGGUCGAUGAAGUUAAAGGUUUCAUCGCCGCGGGUGACGGGGACUGGCUCCUAGGGCUGAGGAGCGGCCAGCGGGUGAGAAGGGGGGAUCGCUUCUUGGUCCUCGUGCCGGCCAUUGGAGAGGAGGUUGGGGCUUUGCCUGAAGUGCGCCGCCUUAAGAACUAA